AUGAAUACCAAGCGGCUUAUUGCGUUCGCUAAUGAUGCUGGACAGGCCGCUGCGCUUGUAGCGAAGUCGUCUUGGGAACGCGCUGUGACUGCAUGGCUAUAUGUACCUUUAGGCUUGACCUGUAUCCUCGCGGUCUGCUUCGGCGUACAUUCUCUGAUAUCGCUCAGUUCUGUCUCAUUCCCAGCUUCUGUAGCAUGUAUGAUUGGUCUGUUCGUUAUAUUGGUCUUGCUCCAGGGUAUACUUGGUGACCGCCAGACCAAGCGAAUAGUCAACUUGAUUGAGAUUCCAUGUGGCUUUGCUCUACGAUAUAUCAAUAUCUUCUUCUGUCCAGCGUUCGUGACCUUGCCUCUAAGUCCUUCUAUUAGCGGCGUCGAGGUUGCAAAGAUCAUAGCUGUCUUCAUCAUCGGCUAUGUUGCGGUUUUUGCUUUCACGGCAUAUAUGGUCCGAGGCCUCCAGCUCGUUCUCGGCACAUCCAAGCGUGCAAUGACAGAGAGAGCUGAAGAACUCGGACGUCAAGAUGAUAAUAUCCCACUCACACAGACGAGACAAGCCUCGACUGCCAGUGAGGUGCCUACUGUGCCAACGCUUUCGGCUCAGGCUGACUUGGGAGAGUCGUCGACGCCCUCUUCGCCAAACGAAAUUGCCGAUAUCCAAGCACCCUCCAAAGCCAUGAAUCCCGAUGCUGUGAUCGGCACUGGUGGACCGCCUGUAGCUGUGAACGCUACGACCUCCUCAAUGGUUGCCACUCCUCUUCGCCACGAUGCUGCACCUUUGACCCGUCCUCAACGCUGGGCUGCCUUUGUCACUCUGAACUUUGACAUGCUGACAUAUGGUGCCUUGUUCCUUUUUAUAGGCCUGCCAAUCUACUACGGAGUUGGCUAUGCAAUGCCUGUACAACUUUCCCUCAAUGUCAUCUUCUACUUCGCUGCUCUACGUCUGCCACCUAAGUACAAGACAUAUUUGCACCCUGUCUUGGUCUCCUCAGCUUUCACUAUCCUUGGCAUCUGGGUACUUGCAUUGAUUCGACAUGACAGCCUCGACGAUGGAUUGCAUGCAUACACGACGAACACAAAGUAUACACAGCUUUGGGAUAACGACCAAGGACUGAAGCCUCCAGGGGCGGGAGACAUGUUCGGCAGCGUUCUCGAUGUCAGCAUCGUAGCAUUAAGCCUACCCAUGUACCGAUACCGAAACGAGCUCAAGGCGCGAUUCAUGACCAUCAUUGUUCCCAAUGUAAUCGUCUCUAUCGGAUCGCUGUUCGCGUAUCCGACAUUUUGUUACCACAUUGGCAUCUCUGCACCACGUAGUCUUGCAUUCGCAUCUCGAAGCUUGACACUUGCUUUGGCGACGCCGGCUACCAAGAAUCUGGGCGGUGACCCAUUUACCAUUGCGCCAUUGUGCAUUUUCAGUGGCAUUGCGGGUGUCAUCGUGGGUCCGAUUGGUCUGGACCUACUCAGAAUCCCCAAAGAUGAUUAUAUCACGCGUGGUAUCACAUUAGGCGCCAAUUCAUCUGCUGUAGCGACUGCACUACUUCUGACUACCGAUCCUCGAGCGGCUGCUUUCUCAAGUCUUAGCAUGGGGCUUCUGGGCACAAUUACUGUCGCUCUUACCAGUGUACCGCCACUCGUUCACAUCAUUCGUAGUCUGGUAGGUAUAAAUUAG